AUGUUUACGCAACUCGCAGCAGUGGCCAUUCUGGCCGUCUGUGGACUUGGUAACGCCGAAAGUAACAUCACGUCCGAGACUGCCUUCUAUGGCCUUUCUCCACCUGUCUAUCCCUCCCCCGAUACGAAGGGAACUGGUGAUUGGGCUGCGGCCUACAAGAAGGCCCAGGUGAUGGUGGCAAAGAUGACCUUGGAAGAAAAGAAUAACCUCACAUACGGUAUUGAUCAAACCCUGAAUGGAUGCUCUGGAUGGAUCCCAGAAAUCUCUCGUGUGGGAUUCACCGGCAUGUGUCUUCAGGAUGCAGGAAACGGUGUUCGGGGCGUCGACUUUGUGAACAGUUAUCCAAGUGGUCUUCAUGUUGGUGCUAGCUGGAACAAGACUCUUGCCUAUGAUCGUGGUUGGCACAUGGCUGGUGAAUUCAAGAAAAAGGGUGUUCAGGUGGCUCUGGGACCUGUUGCUGGACCUCUGGGAAGAAUUCCAACCGGUGGUAGAAAUUGGGAAGGUGCUUCUAAUGACCCAUACCUCACUGGUGAGAUUGCUGCGGAAACAGUCAAAGGUACUCAAGCGCAGGGUGUUAUUACCAGCUUGAAGCACUUCAUUGGAAAUGAACAAGAACUAUACAGAAUGCCCAGCACCGAUGCCAAUGGCGAGACUAUCAACUCUGUUUCUAGCAACAUUGAUGAUAAGACUAUGCACGAGCUGUAUCUCUGGCCCUUCCAAGAUGCACUCAAAGCAGGUAGCGGAAAUAUCAUGUGCUCAUACAAUCGUGUCAACGGAUCCCACUCUUGCCAAAACAGCAAGAUGAUGAACGGACUACUCAAAACGGAGCUUGGCUUCAAUGGAUUCGUUGUCACAGAUUGGGAUGGCCAACACUCCGGCGUUGCUACUGCAGAGGCAGGCUGUGAUAUGGCGAUGCCGGAUGGGCAGAGCUUCUGGGGAGCAAACUUCACUGAAGCCUACACCAACGGAAGUGUCGCAGUAUCCAGACUCAAUGAUAUGGCUACCAGAAUUAUUGCCGCUUGGUAUCAGAUGGGCCAGGACGCAUCGACAUACCCCUCACCUGGAGUUGGCAUUCCUUACAACGUCAGUGAGCCGCAUACUAUUGUGAAUUCUCUCACAGUCGAUGCAAAGCCAACAAUCUUCGAAGGAGCUGUUGAAGGCCAUGUGCUUGUCAAGAACAAGAACGCGCUGCCCCUGAAGUCACCCAAGCUUCUCUCUGUCUUUGGUUACGACGCUAUUGUACCCGCACAGUACAUGCCGAACGGACAGUCAAGUGGAAACCUAUGGGCAAUGGGCGAGGAGACAGUCCCAUUCCAGGCCGCUGCAAUCUUUUCAACCAAUAAUAUCACUUACCCGAGCGAUUACCAGGUGGCCUACAAUGGCACCCUCACCGUGGGCGGUGGCUCCGGCGGUAAUUCGGGUCCUUACAUCAGUUCGCCUUUGGAUGCUCUCCAGCAACGUGCCUAUGAAGACACUUCUGUGGUCUAUUGGGAUACACUAGUCAGCCCUGCCCACAGAGGCGUUAUGGAGUCAUCAGACGCCUGUCUCGUGUUCAUCAAUGCUUUCUCAACUGAGAGCGAGGAUCGCGCGGGUACAUUCGAUACCUAUUCAGAUGACCUGGUCAACACAGUCGCAAAGACGUGUGCCAACACCAUCGUCGUCAUCCACAACGCCGGUAUCCGUAUGGUGGAGAGCUUUGCCGAUAAUGAAAACGUGACCGCCAUUGUCUAUGCUCAUCUCCCCGGUCAAGACUCAGGUCGUGCGCUAGUCUCUCUACUUUACGGCGAGAAUAACUUUAGCGGAAAGCUGCCCUACACUGUUGGCAAGCUGGAAUCCGACUACCCUGCUUUCUGGAAUGACAUCAACGAGACUCCAUAUGGAUUUUUCCCUCAGUCCAACUUCACCGAGGGGGUGUAUAUCGAUUAUCGUCACUUUGACCUCAAGGGAAUCACACCUCGAUACGAAUUCGGUUUUGGUCUCUCUUACACCACCUUUGGAUUCUCCAAUCUAGCUGUUUCGUCUCACUCAGUCAAUGCUGCCGAGUUCCACAAUGGAGAAAUUGAGCAAGGUGGUGCCGUUGAUCUGUGGGAUAGACUCGUGACAGUCACCGCAACUGUUAAGAACACUGGCAGCAAGGUUGGUGCCGAGGUUGCUCAGCUUUAUGUUGGGAUUCCCGGCGGCCCCGUUAAGCAGCUCCGUGGUUUCGAGAAGGUCAAGAUCGCAGCUGGCAAGUCAGCCAAGGUUUCUUUUGACUUGACUCGCCGUGACCUUAGCAGCUGGGAUGUUGUUGCUCAGAAGUGGGCUUUGCAGAGUGGAACCUAUAAGCUGUAUGUGGGUUCAUCCAGUCGUUCUCUGCCCCUCGAGACCAGCUUGACGGUUACAUUGAAGUAA